AUGGAGCCAGUUUUGGGGGCGCUGUCUAUGGAUCGAAAUGCCUGUGGAUCGGAUCUUCACCCGCUAUUUGAUGCCCCAAAGAACCACCGUGGCACAGCACUGGGCUCCGCGCUACCCGGCGUUGACACCGGACUAAACUCUUGGAUUGAGGGUAUCCGCAACGCUCUUCCCGAUCGGACCCCUGAUCCUCGGUCACGGGUUGCACCUGAGGUUCCUGGAGCCACCAGUGGCGCAGAGCUGGGAGUGAUAGCGGGCCUACUGGCGAUGCCCAAGAAGCAUGGACCCGCGGAACGCUUCGCGCUAUGGAGGAGGAACGGGCACAGCGUAAGUGUAAGAGCGCUACGUGAAAACCGCAGAGGACCGAACAGCGGUAACGCAAAAGUAUUCAACCUGAAGCUGGACGCCAAAGAUGCUUCCAACGGCUGGGCUGGCGCGAAUCGUCAGUCCGCGAUAAGUGUCCGAGCGCCUUCCAAGAUCCGUAGCGCCGAAAAUGAAGCCAUCCGCAUUCAUCAAACCGACCCAGCAGCAACUGCCGCUUCGCAGAAUUGCCCGGUGAAUCUCGCGGCGGCGUCACCGACUCUCCUGAGGUGGGCCUGGAACCAUGUUCUACGGCUCUCGGAUGCUGUUGACGGACUUCAUAAUUCAUCCGCUGAACUGUAUCUCCUCUCACAAGACCUCUUAAUACGCACUAAGGGACAGAAGCACAAACUGCCAGUUUUGACUUUGCGGGAACUUCUCUUGCUGAGGAAUGACAGUGUGUCCUAUGUUUUGGGGUGGGAAGUUAGGAAUUUCACCUGGUUUCUCCUUCUAGCAGAUCUGAUGGCACACCAUAAUAACACCCGGGUGACAGAGUUCAUCCUCCUGGGCUUCACUUCACGCCGUGACAUUCAGCUCCUUCUCUUCAGCAUCUUCCUACUCAUCUACCUCCUUGGUGUGGUGGGGAACCUCGGCUUGGUCAUUCUGAUCCGGGCUGAACGGACCUUGCACACACCCAUGUACUACUUCCUGAGCCAUCUGGCCCUGAUGGACUUGUGCACCUGUUGCACCGUGGCCCCCAAGAUGCUCCUCGGCCUCUUGAAAGGCCAAGACACCAUCCCCAUCCCAGCUUGCGCUCUUCAGAUGUUCUUCUUUGCAGCUGCUGCAGAUGCCGUGUGUUGCCUCUUGGCUGUCAUGGCUUAUGACCGCUACGCUGCCAUCUGCCGCCCGCUCCAUUAUGGAAUGGCCAUGCCACAACACCUCUGUUGCCUCCUGGUGGCAGUGUCCUAUGCAGUAGGGGCAGCCUCCGGAGUCAUCCAUACAAGCAUGGCCUUUCGCUUGCCCUUCUGUGGAGCUCGCACUCUGGACGCCAUUUUUUGUGAUAUCCCUCCAGUGUUGGGUUUGAUCUGUGGCAACACGGAUCUAAAUGAGCUCCUGCUGUUUGCAGUCUGUGGGGGAAUCCAGAGCAUUAGCCUGGUAGCCAUCAUGGCUUCCUAUGGGAUGAUCCUCUUUACGGUGGGCCGAGCCGGGUCUCAACGAGCCAUAUCCACCUGUGGCUCCCACCUAACCUCUGUGGGAGUGCUAUACGGCACCCAAAUUUAUAUGUACAUGCGACCUGACAGCACAUAUGCUCCCCAGACUGACAAGAUGACAUCCUUCUUCUACACAGUGGUCAUCCCCACUCUCAAUCCAGCUAUCUACAGCCUCCGUAACACUGAUGUGAAGCAGGCAAUCCGGAGGAGAUUCAGUAAACAGAGACACUAG